ACAAAUUGUUAGAGCAAUUUAGGCCUUAUCCUCACCACAUCACUCAUGUCCUUCCCUUUCAUCUGCUCCUCCUCCUCCAUCAUAUCUCAGCCAUGACCAGUAGCACCACCACCAGCAGGAGCAGCACCAACCAAGCCAAUGCAAGAAACCCACUUCCUCUCCACCUCAAACCCCAAACCCUUCUCCUCCAAUCUCAUCCCCCUUCCCAACCCAAACCCAAAUCCCAAAUCCCAAUUCCAAUCCUCCUCCUCCUCCCACCAUGACCCUUCUUUCCACUCCCCCAAAACCCCUCACUUCCCCUCCCUCUCCACCAAGACCAAAACCAAAACCAAAACCCCUUCCCCUAUCAAACCCCAAAUCCCACCUCCCCCUUCCGACUUCCACGACAAGGCCCUCUACCUCGACUCCAUCGGCCUCGACCUCUUCUCCCUCCUCCACCACCACCCUCCGAUCCUCUCCGCCUCCCUCGCCGACCUCAAAUCCACCGUCCAUUUCCUCUCCUCCAUGGGCUUCUCCACCCUCGAGCUCCGCCGCCUCGUUGGCAUGUGCCCCGAAAUCCUCGCCUCCCGCGUCUCCGACAUCAUCCCCAUCUUCACCUUCCUCCUCCGCGAGGCCCGCGUCAACGGCUCCGAUCUCAAGCGCGUCAUCAACCGACGCCCCAGAUUGCUCGCCUCCAGCGUCAAGCACCGCCUCCGCCCCACCCUCUACUUCCUCCAGUCCAUCGGCAUAGCUGACGUCAACAAACACACAUCUCUGCUCUCCUGCAGCGUCGAGGACAAGCUCCAGCCCCGCGUCGACUACCUCGAGAAAAUCGGGUUUUCACGCCGCGACGCGUUGGCCAUGUUCCGGCGGUUCCCGCAGCUCUUCUGCUACAGCAUUGAGCAGAACUUCGAGCCCAAGUUCAAUUACUUUGUUGUCGAAAUGGGGAGGGAGCUGAAGGAGCUGAAAGAGUUUCCGCACUACUUCUCGUUUAGCUUAGAGAAUCGGAUUCGGCCGAGGCACCAGAGGUGUGUGGACAAGGGUGUGUGCUUCCCGUUGCCGAUUUUGUUAAAGACAAGUGAGGCCAAGUUCCGGGAGAGAUUGGAGGUUUGUUGUAAUUCUUCUAUCCCAUUGAGAAAUUCUCCUUUGUGGUGUACAAAAUCCAUUUCUGAUGAUUUAGACAAUGAAAAAAUAUAACAAAGUCCGGAAACGAAACAAAGUUCG